AAAAGUCCGCACACUGAGGUCACGUGCAGACCACAGCAGCCAUACUCAAGACAUCGCAGAAUCCUCGGGGAAAAUAAUUCUUGCAAGAUGGACGCAAGACCAAUGAUGCUGCUGCCUCUUCUCAGCCUGGUCUUCGCUGUCGGAGUUUCUGCUCAGAACAAAAAUGUUUUACUCGUCGUAGCGGAAGAUGCCGGAGUUCUGGGAGAGUAUGGAAAGGGUGUGACCAUGCCUAACCUAAAUGCUAUCGGCAACAGAAGCGUGGUCUUUAGAUAUGGCUUCUCCUCCUCCAGCAGCUCCUCGCCCAGCAGGUCUGCCAUCCUGACAGGGCUGCCUCCUCACCAAAAUGGAAUGUACGGACUGGCACACAGCAUCCAUCACUACAGCUCCUUCCGCAAUGUUCAAAGCCUUUCCACCAUUUUGUCUGCCAAGGGAAUUCACACAGGUGUUGUUGGAGAGAAGCGCAUGUCGCCUGACACAGUCUACAGGUUCGACUUCGAGGCUACGGAGGACCAGUAUGACGCCGACCAAAUAGGCCGCAACAUAACGGUCAUGAAAGAGGCUAUUCGCACCUUUCUGUCCUCUAGAAAUGAUAAGUCCUUUUUCCUGUACUUCUCGUACUAUGACGCACACAGGUGCUCGAGACAAAAGUACGGCCAGUUCUGCGAAGAGUUCGGUGACGGUGGUCGUAACAACGGGCUGAUACCUGACUGGACGCCGGUCACCUUUGGUCCCAAUGAUGUCAACGUGCCCUACUACCUGCCCAACACGGCAGUAACCCGCCAGGAACUUGCCAACAUGUACAAGUCAUUUAGCAGAAUGGAUCAAGCUUUGGGAAUCGUUAUUCGAGAGCUGUCGGAGGCCAAUCUUCUGGACAACACCCUGAUCAUAGUGACAUCAGCCACAGCAAUUUCCUUCCCAGCGGCCAAGAACAAUCUGUAUGAGCCCAGCACGAGACAACCCUUCAUGAUCUCCUCUCCUUUCCACAAGGAAAAUUGGGGCUUUGUUUCCGACGCAAUGGUGAGCGGCCUCGAUCUGUUCCCCACCAUUCUGGAGUGGUUCAACGUGCCCUACCCUGACACUAGCAGGCUUCUGACAGGACGGUCAUUACUGCCUCUGACAGUCGACCCGAGGAACUCUUCCCUGUUUGACCACGUCUUCGCCAGCCAUAACUCGGACGAAGUGACGGCCUACUACCCGAUGAGGUCUGUGCGCACGCCACACUAUCGCCUGAUCCACAACCUCAACUCCGGGGCGCCCUUCCCCAUCGCAUCCGAUGUCUUUCAGUCGCCGACAUUCACGGAGUUGCUCAACAACACCAACAACGGGCGCACCACCCACUGGUACAAGAGCCUGGGCCAGUACUACAACCGUGACGAGCUUGAACUCUACGACCUGCAGAUCGAUCCCAUGGAGACCACCAACGUGGCCAACGACCCCAGCUACAGCGCCGUCGUGAAGCAGCUGCUGGAGCAGCUGGUCAGCUGGCAAAACGUGACCCGUGACCCCUGGCUGUGCCGACCAGAGGGCAGCAUCGUCAACAGCAGGUGUGUGGCCGACGGCAACGGCCUGGCUUUGGUUUGAAUAAAUAAACCAGGUACUGACAAAAUGGCUGACAAACGAAAAUUUAUCGUUUGAAUAAAAAGAUAUAGACAUAAGAAAAGAAGUGGAAACCACUGUUGCUAUUGACUACAUCGUGCAUGGUCAAUCAGCGGAUGGGUGUUAAUUAGUUGACGUGUUAUUAAGUGUAAUUCGUGUUUGCAAUAAACUGCUUGAUAGAUCA